AUGAAGACCAUCAACGCUUCUCAAGAAUUUUACAAUAGCACAUGUGAAAAUGUCAAAAUCAAUGAUAAUUGGUACAAAAGGGAUAUUCUUUGGAGUCACGUCAAGCGUCCAAUGAAUCUAAAUGUCCACAGAUCUUCCAAUACGUUAUUUUUCUCUUAUUCUGUUAGUGAUUCAUAUGUUGAUAUAGAUGUACAAAUAGGUUAUAUGCAGCUUAAUACAGGUGAAACUGGCGGCGUAGAAGGUGUUAUAGGUGGAUGUGCUAUAGCUAUAGAUCAAUAUGAUGAUAUUAUAUAUCUAGGAGGAAGUAAAGGUAUAUACACAUACAAUAUGUUUACAAAAAAAGCCGAUGAGUAUAGAGAAUAUAUAAAUGUAUGGGCCUUAUUUUAUAAUAGAUUUUUGUUCUACAUAAGUUUCCCAUAUCAAAAGCUUCACGUAGAAGUGAAUGGAAAAUUCAUUACGGUAACAGAAUUUGUUAAUAUCGAAGUUGAUCAUUAUUUCUCAAAUGACAGAGAAGUGUUCAUUGCUAAUAAAUCUGGACUGUUUAAAUAUAAUGUCAAUGAAAUGAAAAUUGAAACUAUCAAUGAUGUUAUCCUAGUGAGGCAUAUUACUGAAGAUAAUUUAGGAAAUGUAUAUGUGUGUUCCAAUGUGGGUGUUUUUCUUUUGAAAGAUGGAAAAUUGCACGUUUUCAUAGAGUCAAGGAGUAUUUACAGUUUAGCUUUUGAUAAUAGGAAUAAUAUAAUUUAUUCAACUAAUGAUGAUAUUGUACGAUUAUCAAGAACUGAUAAAGGAUGUUUCGAUGAGAAUUAUUAA